AUGGCCACCAGCUUCAUCCUCACCCUUUCCGGCCCCGACCGGCCCGGCAUUGUCCACGCCGUGACCGCGUUCCUGGUCAAGCACAACCUCAACAUUGUGGACUCAUCGCAGUUUGGGGACCCCACCUCCCAGCGCUUCUUCAUGCGUGUGCGCUUUGCGCCCGCCGGCGAGGAGCAGUCUACGCUCGAGAGCCUGCAGACGGCCUUCGAGCCAACGGCCAAGGACUUUUCCAUGGACUUCGAGAUCCACCCCGCAACCCAGAAGCCCCGGGUGCUGAUCAUGGUCUCGAAGAUCGGCCACUGCCUCAACGACCUGCUCUUCCGCCAAUCCACCGGCCAGCUGAGCAUCGAGAUCCCUCUGAUCGUCUCCAAUCACCCGGAAUUCGCCGCGCUCGCUGCAACCUACAACAUUCCCUUCCAUCAUCUCCCCGUCACUGCCGACACCAAGGCCCAGCAGGAGUCCCAGGUGCUGGAGCUGGUGGCCCAGAACAACAUCGAUCUGAUCGUCCUGGCCCGCUACAUGCAGGUGCUCUCGCCGACUCUGUGCGAGGCCAUGUCCGGCCGUAUCAUCAACAUCCACCACAGUUUCCUUCCCUCCUUCAAGGGUGCCAAGCCCUACCACCAGGCCUAUGAUCGCGGUGUGAAGAUCAUCGGUGCCACCGCCCACUUCGUCACCAGCGAUCUGGACGAGGGCCCUAUUAUCGAACAAAACGUCGUUCGGGUCAACCAUGGAAUGAGCCCCAAGGAGUUGACCCACGCCGGCAGCAACGUCGAAAGCAAUGUCCUUGCGACCGCUGUCAAGUACUUUGCUGAACGUCGUGUGCUGCUGAACGGCCACAAGACCGUUGUCUUCGACUAA